GCUUGGAGGAUCACACAAAAAACUAGAUGCUCGUAGUUUUUGAGAAAGUCCGGAACUGAUAUAAAAAGGGUCAUAGCUUAACUUUUAGACCGCGGGUCAAGUAGGAGGUCAGUGUAUGCAAGAUACUUAAUGGGUAAUUGAUUUUCCCAAAUUAGUAUAUGCGUAGGAUUGGUCUAACAUGGUCAAUACGAAAUGCUACUUCAGAUAAUCUUAGUUCUUUUAAUAGGUUAUACGGGUGGUGUUACUUCAACUAGAACUACAACUGAUGUACACAGAUACAGGUUUUUUAUUGUUAAUAAAUUACAUUUCUUUGUGUUCAUUGUGAGAGAACCACGCGUGGAAAAUGUGACAGUUUGGCAGGUUCUACCAAUUAUGUCCAAAACAAAUAUAAAAAAAAAAGUAUGGUUAAAUGACGGCAAUUAUGAUUUUCCGUUAAGUUUUUCGUGUGCGCAGAAUAUCGAAAUUAUCGAAAUUAGAUACACUGCUAUAACGUAUCAUCGAUUUAGUGCUCGUUGUGGGAAAAAAAUAGCCAAGACUUCAAAGUAUCAAUUGGAUUAG